AUGGAGAAACCGAAGAGUGAAUGUGAAGAGCCCGUGGACACAUCAAACAUGUUUCAGAAAUUUUUUGCCGAUAUGGAAAAGAAAUUCAAGGAAAUGUUGCCUGUAGACCCGAACUCUGAGACAGGAGAACAAACAAUGCAGAAAUUCGAAGAAUUAAAGAACAGAAUGGCAAAAUUGGAGGAAUCUGCAAGCAGGGUUCCAACGAAGACGAGAAUCACAGAGAUGGAAUCUGACGUUUUAGCCGAGGAAGCAAGAAAACGAGAAAUCGAUCGUGUUCUUCAGUUGAUGGCUGCUGCACAAGCAGUUGACUUGUGUUUUCUCGUUGAUUGCACUGGAAGUAUGUCAUCGUACAUUCAAGGAGUGAAAGAAAAGAUUCAGACCAUCGUUGAAAAAUCGAAGAAAAUGCUUCCGGAUUUGAAUUUCUCUGUCGCCUUCGUUGGUUAUCGUGACCAUUGUGACGGCGCCGAAAGAACGGUCGUCUUGAAUUUCACGGCAUCAAUUUUAGAAUUUCAAAGUUUUAUGGGAUCUGUCGCAGCCACAGGUGGCGGAGAUGCUCCAGAAGAUGUUUUUGGUGGCAUUGAAGAAGUUGCCAAACUUUCUUGGAGUAAACAAACACGAAUCUUGUUCCAUAUCGCAGACAGCCCUUGUCACGGGACGCGUUUCCACGAUCCUAGUGUCGCUGACGAUUAUCCAAACGGAGACCCGCACGGACUGCAAAUUGAAGAUUUGUUGUCGAAACUGGAACAGCUGAGUAUAAUAUAUUGGUUUGCCAAACUUGGAAAUGCAACCGAUUUGAUGGUACAAGUUUUCCAGGGCAUUAUGAAGAUCAACCAAAUUGAUCUAGCGUCCGCUGACGAUCUUGUUGGCGCCGUUGCCGGUUCUAUCUCUGCAUCUGUAAACAUCCACGAAGAAAAUAUUGGGGAUGAAGUUGUGAGAGAUGGAGUGACAGGGGAAGUCGAGUACAAGCUAGAUCCGCGAUUACCUGAUUGGAGCUUGCAAGAGGUAAAAAAUGUCGCUGUAUGGAAGAACAAGAUUCCUCGUGAUCUCGACAACUUUCGCAAACCUUUGGAAGUAUACAGUGAAUCGAAGUGCUCCAUAAAGAUUGCUGCAGAUCCAUUUGCAGAAGGAAAGCUACGGAUUGCCUACUACGGUAAAUACGCCAGUGAUGAGAGCGGCAGUUCUUUGGUGUUGAAGCAGUUUAAAUACACAAGUGAGAACCAAUUCAUCCGGUAUAAAGAGCAGAUGGAAAUUCAAUCUGUUGCAAUAGCUUUAGCCAAUAAAUUCAACAGCAUCAAACCAGCAGGAACAAGGAAUGUCCAAUUUGCAGACGUGUCCACUGUCACAUUCACUGAGGGUGAGGGAAAAUCCCAUUUUGCCAUGGAGAGAUACAUCCCCGGAAAAUAUAUCAAGUUCAACAACAAUGCUGGAUUCGUGAACGAAACUGCGUACACAGCCACACUCAACGCAUUCAGUCAUUGGACAUAUUGGGCCACACGAAGGUAUCUUAUGGUUGUUGAUCUUCAAGGCGUGAAAGAAGAAAGCUCUGGUGAGGUGCGAUAUGUCUUAACGGAUCCCGCAAUACAUUGCCGCUCACUUCGAAGAUUUGGGAAGACAAAUUUAGGUCCUGAAGGAAUGUAUAAAUUCUUUCGUACCCACUAUUGUAACGGAAUUUGUAAAGCUAUGGCACUGAAGUUUCAUCGUUAUCAACCAACUGAGGUUUAUACUGAUUUUGCAGGCGCAACUGUGAUCGCUUGA